UCAUCGGUCCAUCAAUUAGUCCCUCUGCUCUCCAUCAGUACUAUUCAGGUUUUAGUAGCUUGUCUCCUCCAUCAUGCUGGUUCAAGCUCUACUCCAGACCUCACUGGUUCUCUGGUUGGCUCAGCAAACUCUGCAAGGCGGGGUUAAACCUCAAAGUGUAUCCUGGGGGAGAGUGCUGCCAGCCAGAGGUGUUGGCGUUGGAGUAAAGCCUGGAGUUGCAGGUGCCCUUGGAGCAUUGGGGAGCCGAUACGGCACCAAAGCAAUGAAGACUGGAAUUGGACGUUAUCCAGGUGCUCAGCUUGGUGUUGGUGGUUAUAGAGCUCUCGGAUUAGGAGGUAAAGCAGGACUGAAGCAAGGUGGAUAUGGAGCCCAGGGAGGCUAUGGUGCUGCUCUGGGCACAGGAAUGGCACUAGGGACUGGCCUUCCAAAUGGACUGGGACUGGGUUUGGGCCAGGGAGGGAAACGUGUUUAUGGUGCAGGCCAUGGCACUCUGCCAGGAUAUGGGACUUUAGCUGGCAUCGGCUAUCCUGGAGCCCGGCCAGGACCUGGACUUGGGUAUCCCAUCGGACAGAAGGCUAAGGAACAGAAACCUGGUGUGUCUGCAGCAGAUCUGGGUGGACCUCAGAUGGCUAAUCUGGGCCAAGCUGUUCCAGAUCUGAAGAGAGAAAAGAGCAAACCUCAUGGACCUGAAAUACCCGACAUGAGGAGAAGCAAUAUACUUACUGCUCCUGAAUUACAGGCAGAAACUGGCUUUAGACCUGCUCUACUGCCUCAUGGAAGAGACAUCAAAAGCCUUGAUCCAGCAGCCAAAUCAUCAAGUCUUGGACCUAUGACACCCCAUGAUAAACACAAUAAAGGUCUUAGUCUGGCUGUUUCACAAGCACAAGGAGUAGAACAAUAUGAGCCUACGAUGUUAGAAAGAAUAGGCACAGCUAACCACGGAGCUGCACUGGCCGCUGGCAGUGUAAGACAGCAACUGCCUCUUGAUAAAGACAAAAUCAAAAGUCUGGCUUCUUCUUCCUCUCAGGUUCAGAGUUCAAGAGACUAUGAUUCAUCUAUCCAACAAAAUCAGCGAGGCCCAAACUGUGGAUCCACCCGUGAUUUGUCAGAUACAUUAAGAAUCAAUCAUGAGCUUUUGGGUUCAGAAACACAGAGGACUCAGGGUUUAGUGCACCAGCCACAUGUCGGUAAAGACGGCAAACAUCUUGGACAUGCACAUCUGCAAGUACAAUCAGAGACAACCUAUCACCAGCCUCUUUCACAAACUCAAGACAGCAGAGGCAAUAUAUUGUCUCUUCCACAAGGUCAGGGAACCAGAGGCUAUUUGUCUGCUGUAGCAGAUGGACAGGCCAUCAAAGACUUUGUGGCUCAAGACAAAUCUGGGCCUAGAAUCUAUGGUACUAUUGCUAUAGAAAAUCCUAGUCAUGGUUCUGUAAAUCUUCAAGGACAAGGAAGGGGUGGCUAUGGACCGGUGAUCCCAGGUGCAGGUGGAACCCAAAGUUUAGGCAUCGCCCCAGUAGAAGGGCAGAAAGCUAAAGGCUUUACUGCAGAUGGUCAGAAAUCAAAACACCUUUCUCAUGGCGCACGUGAUGUCACUGAGUCAGAAGCUCUCAGUAUCCCAGGACAGACUGGGAGGAAUAACCAGGCACCAAGUUAUAUUGGUGGUCCAGGAAACUAUCUGGGAGGGAGCCUGGGCACUGGAGGCUACGGAGCAGGUCUGGGACAGGGAGCAUACUUGGGUGGUGCAGCUGGCAAACAUGGAGCUGCUGGUGCUCUUGGACAGGGCGGGUAUCCCCACGGCUAUGGUGAGGGUGCAACAGGAUACCUGGGUGCCAUGGCGGGCAAUGGCUAUGGUUAUGGGAAUGGUUACAGCGAUGGUCAAGGGGCUGGGCUCGGUUACCCUUCAGAGUUAGCUGAUGGUGCUGAGAAAAAAGCAGGAAAGCAUGGAGCUCUCGGUACAGGAGCCUACCCUGGGCAAGUGCCAGGGGCGUAUGGAGCACUUGGUACAGGACUGGACCCAACUGCUGGCAAAUAUGGAGGCGGAGCUGCUCAGGUCCCUUAUGGUAAUGCUCCAGUGAUUCCUACUGGACUGGAGGGUGAUGGUGGCUACCCAUAUCCCGCUCAGCAGCUCAACCUUGCAGCUGAAGGUGCCAAAACCUCUAACAAAUAUGGAGCUGGUGCAGGAUAUGGACCUCAGCAAACAGGUUAUGGUGCACAGCUAGGAGCAACUCAAGAUGCCUUGGGAGAGCAAACUGGCAAAUAUGGCGGAGUGAAUGGUGCCCUUGGAAAUGGAUACAAAGGCUAAUUCAGAUGACCUGGACUUCUUCAAAUGGACCAUUUCCAUAAUGUGUUCAGUGUAAUGUGUUUUUAAAGCUUUUCUUGUGUGUGUUUCACUCAAUUUUGUCCUGCUGUGUUGUCUGUUUUGUCUUUUGCUUUAUUUUUCCGACCCUCCCUUGUCUUUCUCUGUAAGUGGACAAUUGUUUCCUGUUUGUCUUGUUGGUCCGAAAAACCUGCAGUG